AUGAAGGUUACGCUGAAAGAAUGGAACGCCAUCGCUACCUGGCAUUGGGAUAUGCCCGAGGAUGAGGUUUGCGGUAUCUGUCGCGUCCAGUUCGACGGUACCUGCCCGACCUGCAAAUUUCCGGGAGAUGACUGCUCAUUGCUUCUCGGCAAAUGUGGCCAUUCGUUUCAUAUGCAUUGCCUCAUGACCUGGAUCCAGCAGGAAACAUCCAAGGGACUGUGUCCGAUGUGUCGCCAGAAAUUUGAGUGGAAACAAACGGAGGAGUGA